AGGUUAUAAUAUUUAAAAAAUAUUAAUUUUAUUCUCUAUUUAAAAAUAAAUUUAUAAAACCAUUACAGACAUGCCUAGAAAAUGCUCAGUAGGUAAUUGUCGUGGAAAUUAUGACAGUGCAAAUGAGCAUGUUAAAGUUUACAAAUUUCCAAGUGACAAAGAAUUAUGUGAAAGAUGGUUAGCAGCUUUACCAAAUAAAAUUCAAUCACCAACAGACAAUAUGGGUGUUUGUGAAAAACACUGGCCUUUGAGGUGUAGUAUGCACUAUCCAAAAAGAUCUAAAUAUCAGAUUCCAUCAGAUCCUCCUUCACUAUUUCCUGGGUGUUUUCCUUCAAUGUUACGACAAACAGGCAAAACAUUCCGUCAAACAAAUUUUGAAAAAAUUUCAAUUGAAUCAAGAAACUCAUUCUGUGAUGAACUCGAUUCUUUCAACAAGAGUAAUAAAAUAAAAAAUUUCUUACAGUUUCUUACAGAUGUAAAGCAGCGGUUUCCUGAUUAUUUUGUUGUUACAAAUGCAUUGGAUCUGACUGUUUUUAAUAUGACAUUUUCGCGUCCACCAGAAACUAAUAUUUCUGUUACAAUCAAUACUCACACUCAACAGUUACAUGCUUAUAUCAAACACACACAAAUUCAUUGCAAUGAUAUUUUGGGGUUUUCUCACAAACUCACUCGGUGGUCGCAGUUAGAAGCAAUUAUUUCAAGAAUGAAGUCAUCUAAACCUGAAUUAAGCGAGGAACUAAAACAUUUAUUGCAAGAGAUUGAAUGUACAUAUGGAGAAAAAUCUGAUGAAAUAAAUUUUUUGAUUGAACAACUACAACUGCAGAUGAUGCCUGUGAGAGGCAAGCGUUACUCUACGCUAGUUGUACGACAAGCUUUAGAACUAUACCUUUCUUCAAGAUGCUGUUAUCGAAUUCUUUGUGAUACACUUUUACUCACACAUCCAAGAACUCUUAAACUAAAAUUAGGCAGAAUCGGUGAAGUAGGAACACAAAAGGAAUGCGAAGAAUGUAUUAAAACCGUGUUUGAAACAUUAAUUAUUUCGGAAAAACGUUGCUGCCUGCUAUUUGAUGAAAUGUAUGUGAAACCAAGUAUACGUUUUCGUGGAUGUCAUUUAAUUGGUUAUAGUGAAGACAAUCCUGCUGAAAUUGCCAAGACAAUUCUUUGUUUUAUGAUUAAGCCAAUGUUUGGAAAACCAGCUUUUGUGUGUCGUAUGGCCCCAGUUUAUAAGCUAUCUGGCAUUUUUGUACAAAACUUAAUUGUUGAAAUCACACAGACAGUUGCUAAACUUGGUGGAGAAAUUUUAUGCCUUAUUUCAGACAAUCUUCCCACAAAUCGUAGCAUAUAUAAAUUUUUUGCUUUAAGUUUAAAUGAGCCAUGGCUUGGUAAUAUUUGCAACCAAAGUAUAAUAAUGCUUCAUGAUCCAGUGCACUUGUUUAAAUCAAUUCGAAAUAACUAGCUUACAGAAAAAACUGGAACAAUUCAUCUGACACUAAAUAGUCAAUUAUUUAAAGGGUAUUUGGAAGAUUUGGUAAGUUUAUAUGAAAAAGAAAAAAAUAAUGUUAUCAAGUUGACAAAUCUUUCAUACAAAGCUAUUCAUCCAGGUGUAAUUGAUCGACAAAAUGUCACCCAUAUGUGUGCUGUUGUUAAUGAGAAGACUGUAGCAGCCCUUAAAAUUUGUGAUUUUAAAGAGACAAGCAAGUUCCUUGAAAGAAUAUUAUUGAUAUGGAAUUACCUUAAUAUUAAACAAGAAGGUUUGGACAUAUGUUUAAAUGAUCCAAAUAGAGCUUCAUACAAAAAUGUAAAUGAUAAACGACUUCAAGAGAUUUUGACAUUUGCUGAAGCUGUUGCAAAAAUGCCAGGAGGAAAGGGCUGGAAGCGGAACAAAUCA